AUGUUCCGAAGACUUUCGUGGAACGCUUUGGCGUCGAAGAGGAGGGGCUCAAGAGACUCUCCGCUCGACUCGCCCUUGUCCGACGAGGUAUGUCUACUGCGUAUUGAAAUUUUAGCUUGGCUAUCGGAUUGCGAUAGCGCUUUGGUAGCGAAUAAAAAUUGCCCUUACGGCCUUGAUACUGCCGAUGUUAUCGGUGAU